AUGCAAACCGUCCUCAGUCAAGUACACUGUUAUUGCAAUAUCGUGGCUGCUGACAAUGGCAAAGACAAAGAGAAUAUUCUCUUCUUGACAACAGCGAAGAUUCUUAUGAGGAGCGAUAAGUUCUACGGCGAUUCAAGUCAAAGUCAGAAACCGCAAUUUAACACCGAGCCAUAA